AUGGAUCCCUUCUCUCCUGCACAUCAACCCGACGAGGGUUAUUCCGAGGACCCUUUAACGCCCACCGUCAAUCAAGAACUCUCGACCGCCCUCGCUACUCUUCGUUCUCCAUCCGAUUUAAGCACAUGGCUUGUCGCGAACUCGUCUCUUCUACCCCUCCAGGUCAGGACAGAGUUGACCAUGGCCCUGCUCGAUAAUCUGCCUACAUCCGUCAUCGCCGAGAUCGUUCACCGUUUGAACCCGCGACUCUACAUUGACUUUAUCCAAUACCUCCCUGCGGAAAUCUGUCUCAAGAUUUUAGGCUUCCUCGAUCCCGUCUCCCUCGUUAGCGUCACGCAAACAUGUCGCGCUUGGUACGAAUUGGCUUUGGAUAGGAAGUUAUGGGAGCAUCUAUACUACAUGGAGGGAUGGAAGACCAUCACGAGCGAGAUCGAAGCCUGCGAAACUAAGGUCAACAAUGGCCUUGAUCAUUCCGUCCGCCUUCUCAACCGAUUGCAAUCGACGCAAGAUGCUCAUCCUAACAAGAUCCGCGCUGUUAAUACCGACGAAGACCUCGAAAUGACCGAUCGCGACCGUACACCUGGUCCCAGUGAGGGUUUGACCGGUGGAAGCAUGUUUGGCAGCCCUUCGUCCUCUUUCUCGUCAAGCCGACCUGCCAUCGUACCUAUGGGCGAGAUGGAUCUUGAUGGUUCUAGAACAGCGAGUCUCGACCGAACCAUGUCUUCAUCUUCCGAGGGCAGAGGAAAGCGCAAGGAACCGAGCGGCGAUCCCGAGUCAUCCGUACCUCCAAUGUCGCUCGCCGAUGCAGCCAACACCAUGCCCCCGUCACCACUUUACAUUUGGGAUGUCGGCCGAUCACGAUAUCGCAUCAACUGGCGGUAUCUAUAUGCCAUGCGACGCAAGUUGGAAGCGAACUGGGAGCUUGGAAAAUACAGCACCUUUCAAUUCCCACACCCCAACUUUCUUGAGGAGGGACAUCAGGAAUGUGUCUACGCAUUGCAAUUCGAGAAGGAUUAUUUGGUGAGCGGCAGCAGAGAUCAGACCAUGCGCAUUUGGAACGUGCAUACCCGUCGACUUGUUCGAGCUCCACUCACUGGACACAUGGGCUCCGUUCUGUGUCUGCAAUUUGACGCCGACCCAGAAGAGGAUUUGCUUGUCUCUGGAAGUAGUGACUCUAACGUUUUCAUCUGGAAGUUCUCCACAGGAGAGCUGGUGCAGAGGCUGACAAGAGCUCACCAUGAAUCAGUGCUCAACGUGCGAUUUGACAAACGCAUUUUAGUUACAUCUUCCAAGGACAAAACGAUCAAGAUCUUUAACCGACGUCCUUUGAGACAUGGCGAUCUCGGAUACCCUGGAGGCGAUGUCGUUGGCCCGGUCCCAACCAACCUGCGAAGAUACGGUUACGAACCAGACUUGAGUCAGGAACUUGCCGUCAAGCCACCAUUUACCAUGAUCGGCCGUCUGGAUGGACACAGCGCUGCUGUGAAUGCAAUCCAAGUUCGCGACCGCACUAUCGUCUCUGUCUCUGGUGAUAGGCACAUCAAGGUUUGGAAGUGGCCAGAGCAGGUCUGCACUCAAACGAUACCCGCACACGACAAGGGAAUUGCGUGCGUUGAGUUUGAUGGACGCAGAAUUGUGAGCGGCAGCAGUGACUGGGAAGUAUGCAUUUUUGAUGCCCCUACCGGCCUUAAGGUUGCCCAGUUGCGCGGACACAACCAUCUGGUUCGUACUGUUCAGGCUGGUUUCGGCGAUCUACCAUACAGCACAGCAGAAGAUGAGCUCGAAGCCAAGGCCGUGGAUGCUGAGUACUUCCGGGCUCUGGAGGCUGGCGAGAUCGACCAUAGCAUGGAUCGAAGACGUCGCAGAGACCGUCGUGCCAAUGCUGGUAGCUCACGACCUGAGGAUGUGCAGGCAUUCGGUGCCAAGGUGCCUCCUGGCGGUGGUGGAGGCAGAAAGUACGGCCGUAUAGUAUCUGGCUCCUACGAUCAGAGCAUCAUCAUCUGGAGACGCGAUAAGGAAGGCGUUUGGAAGCCUGCAAUUCAUCUUCGACAGGAGGAGGCUGCUGCUGCUGCUCAACGUGAAGCUGCUGCGGCAUUGUCGAGCGCAACAUCGAACGUCGCAAUGGCUGGAUCAUUGGCUAGCAGAUCUUCGCAUUCAUCUACCAUCGUUCCACGCUCUCCACCUACAACUGGCACACCACUUGGACCCAUGAUGCUACGCGACCACCAUGGCGACUCGCAACGAACAUCGACUUCAUACCAAGCGCUCAUCGACCAAACCGUACCGCUCGGACCAAAUGCGCUUCAGCAGGCACUUGCGCAAUACCCGAUCGCGCUGGCUCACCACUCAUACUUGCAAUCCGCCAUCGAGAAGGAGACUUCGCCUUUGAUUCGAGCACAGCUUAGAGGGGUAGUUACGGACGCUCUGGCUGCUCUUCAGAUUCGACAGGCACCUUUGCGGCACCAGUCGAGCUCGGUCGGUUCCAGCGAUAGCAACCGAACGAACCCGAGGUCCAGUAUCGGCGUGCCUCUACCUGGUGCUAUACCUGCGCCGGCUCAUGCGGCAGGUGGAGUUCCAGCUGCGCAAACACCGGCCGCAAAUAAUGCCCAAGGUGCACCACCUGGGCAGCCAGGCCAACCAGCGGCGGUUGCUCAUCACCCUGGUCAACAUCCCCAUAUCGCAGCGGCAGAGAACACAUCUGCACGAGUCUUCAAGCUUCAAUUCGAUGCGCACAAGAUUAUUUGCUGCAGCCAAACUCCAACAAUUGUCGGAUGGGAUUUCUGUAAUAAAGACCCAGCAUUGGAAGAAGCUGUCAGGUUCUUCGCAACGGUGGACUAG